GCACAAGUUUGUAGCCAGCGACUCCCGAGCGCGUCGGGCCUUGAGUUGCUUGGACGGCUUGUUGGUGCGAUUCCUUUAGAAGGGGCGACUGCGACGCCUCACGCUCGACCCUCCACCCCCCCCCCCCCGCGCCCAUGGGCCUCUCAGCCCCCUAGAGAGUUGCCUCACCCCUUUCGUCCCCUGCCUCUCUCCUCUCCUCUCAGGAAAAGGGGUCGCCGUCGGCCCGGAUGGACUACCUCACCACCUUCACGGGCAAGAGUGGCCGCCUCCUGAGGGGGACCGCCAGCCGCCUGUGGGGAAUCGUGCCCGGCACGGGGAGCCCUCGCCAGGUCCACUUCCAGGACUCGCUCCAUGAGGGGGAGCCCAAGGCGACGCCCCCAUUAGAUACUGGCCUGAAGAAGACCCUAGACAAGAAAGAUGGGAGGCGAAUGUCUUUUCAAAAGCCUAAAGGGACUAUUGAAUACACAGUUGAAUCGAGAGAUUCUCUGAACAGUAUUGCUCUGAAAUUCGAUACAACGCCUAAUGAAUUAGUCCAGUUAAACAAGCUAUUCUCCAGAGCAGUUGUUCCAGGACAGAUCUUAUAUGUUCCUGAUCCAGAUUAUGUUUCCAGUGUGGAGAGUUCUCCUUCUCUUAGUCCUAUAAGUCCUUUAUCACCUACAUCUUCAGAAGCAGAAGUUGAGAAAACAGCUGUAAGUGAUCAAGAUGGGUCACAUGGGAAGGAAGCAACAGUCACGCCAAGUUACACAUGUGUUCGGCCCGCAAGAGUGGUGUCAUCCACAUCAGAAGAAGAGGAAGCCUUCACAGAAAAAUUUCUCAAAAUUAACAGCAAAUACAUAACCAAUGGCAAGGGAACAGUCAGUGGAGUCUUGCUAGUGACACCAAGUAAUAUAAUGUUUGAUCCACAUAAAGCGGAUCCAUUGGUUCAAGAAAAUGGCUGUGAAGACUAUGGAAUCAUGUGUCCAACAGAGGAAGUGAUGUCUGCUGCUAUGUAUAAAGAAAUCAUAGAUGGAAAAAUAAAGGAUUCCUUACCCAUUGACACAGAUCAGUUACCUGUAAAAGAUUCCUGUCAUUUCAAAAAGAUUACAAGAAGCAAUACUGAUGAAAUGGACUCCAGGAUGCGAGAUACAGGGAACGAUAGUGCCAGCACAGCUCCAAGGAGCACAGAGGAGUCUCUUUCGGAGGAUGUGUUCACCGAAUCAGAACUCUCUCCAAUAAGGGAAGAACUUGUUUCUUCUGAUGAGCUUCGACAAGACAAAUCUUCUGGAGCCUCAUCAGAAUCUGUCCAGACAGUAAACCAGUCUGGUGCUGAACAUGUAGCAGUAAUAUCAUACACAGCUAGCAUUCUUGGAGAUACAAACUGCAGUGCAGAACUGUCUGUGAACGUUGACAACAAGUCUGUUAGUGAUACUGUGGGUUCAGAAGCAGCCAGAAGAGCACUAGAAGAGCUUCCAGGUUCUGUAAGGGGGGAGGCUGCUGAUUCUCAAGAACCACAACACUGCACAGAUCAGGAAUCUGUAAUAGAAAAUGUGCCAGAAGGUGAGGAAUGUUUGAAUUCUGAAAAGAAAGACUCUAAAAUAGAGGUUAUAAAUAAAGGGAAACUUGUGAAAGAGUCCACUCAAGAUUCUGAGACGGAUAUUGAGGAGCUACGGAAACUUUGGAAGAGCCAUACUAUGCAACAAACCAAACAACAAAGGGAUAACAUGCACCAAGAUGCACACAAAGAAAUGAAACACAAAGUAGCAACAGCAGAUGGAACAAUAGAAGGUUCUGUUAUGAAAGAGAAAAGAAGACAUCGAUUACAUAAGUUCCUGUGUCUCAGAGUUGGCAAGCCAAUGCGAAAAACAUUUGUGUCACAGGCCAGUGCAUCAAUGCAGCAGUAUGCACAAAGAGAUAAGAAACAUGAGUACUGGUUUGCUGUGCCCCAGGAGAGGACUGAGCAUCUGUAUGCCUUUUUUGUUCAGUGGAGCCCAGAAAUAUAUGCAGAAGAUACUGGAGAGACCACUAAAGAGCCUGGGUUUGUAGUGAUAAAAAAAUUUGAGGAGGCUGAAGCUGGUGAAGAUUCAGUUAAUGAAGCAGCUGCUAAGGAGUGGGAGGUAGUGUCAGUGGCUGAGUAUCACCGCAGGAUCGAUGCUCUAAAUAGUGAAGAACUACGCACACUCUGCAGACGUCUCAAGAUAACAACAAGGGAAGACAUAAAUUCAAAGCAGGGAACAACCGUCAAGACCGAACUGGAGCCAGAGGUGUUUCGGCCAAAUCUUAGUGACCCCAGUGAAUUGCUACAAGUGGAACAAAUUGAAAAGCUUUCAAAGUGUCUUCCACCUCGAACUAUUGGGUAUCCAUGGACCCUUGUCUACAGUACUGCAAAGCAUGGCAUGAGCUUGAAAACACUCUACAGAACGAUGAUAGGAUUGGACACCCCAGUACUUAUGGUUAUCAAAGACAGUGAUGGACAGAUUUUUGGUGCCCUGGCUUCUGAACCCUUUAAAGUCAGUGAUGGUUUUUAUGGCACUGGAGAAACCUUCCUUUUUACUUUUGCUCCAGAUUUUGAGAAAUUCAGCUGGACUGGAGACAAUAUGUUCUUCAUUAAAGGAGACAUGGAUGCCCUAGCUUUUGGUGGUGGAGGGGGUGAAUUUGCACUGUGGCUUGAUGGAGAUCUCUACCAUGGAAGAAGUCAUUCUUGUAAAACAUUUGGAAAUCGCACUCUUUCUAAGAAAGAAGACUUCAUUAUACAAGACAUUGAAAUAUGGGGCUUUGAAUAAAUAUAAACUGCUUCUACAAAAGGUUGUCCCAAACCUGUCACGAAUCAGUGCAGCUCCAAAAGCCCUUAAAGCAAUAUAAUGCAGCAUUUUUUGUUUGCGAUGCCUUUCAAAAUUCUCUGCAUGGCCAUCCAGAUACCUUUUUAGAUAAGCAGUGUGUGUUGAGGUGGGGAUGUCUACUGUGGUCUGGAUCCUUUUUCAUCAGCCUGUCAUAUUUUGGAAGUCCAUAAGCCAUCUUUAUACUUCAUUUGAGAAUGCAGCUUGCAAUUUUCAUGUGAGUUCUUAUCCCUCUUUUCCCUCCACUCAUCUAAAAAUCUCUUUUUCCGGUAGGGUGGGUUCACUGAAGGUGCUUUUAAACCUAAUGGAGUAUGUCUCUGUGGGCCUAAGAGAAUGAAGAGUUUGAAUUCAUCAGCAGUAAUUAGUCCAGGCCAAUAGUAGAAAUAAUUAAAUUGAUGCCACUCAUUAGAAUGAAAGGGUACAUCCAUGCUCAGCGGUGCCACUUCUUCUGUUCAUGCCUACAGAGUUCCUGUCAGUUUUUAUACUAAAAACAUAGCUGCCCCAAUGAUUGUAUUGAAAUAUUUUGCACAUAUGCUGUUAAUGAUCUGCAGGCUUGGGACAAAUAGUGGGCAAAGCUUGAGCUACGUGGUCAAAAUGAAUACAAUAGCAAAGGAAUGUGAGGGCUCCACUGCAUUAAUCAGAUAAAGGAAGCAAAACUCAGUGGAUGAACUGGAGCUAUAGCAGGGCAUUACAUGUACUAAGACUAUGAAACAUGCAUUUUUUCCAAUCAGCGUAAAGUGUCAGAUAUAUCUAUAUAUAUCUCUAUAUAAGCUGUUUUAUAGUUCUGUUGUAGCCUCGUACAUCAUCUCUGAAAAUUACUCCUGUCCAAAAAUGAAAAAAAAUAGGUGUGGUGUUCUUUUUAAUCUCUUUUUUUCCCCUCAUUUUGAGUGGAUCUAUGUUGUAAGCUGCAGUUAGCACCAGCUCUAAUACAAUGGGGUAAUGUUCUCUAGGUAGACAUCGUAAUUUAGUAGACUUGUAAUAUGCAAACUUACUGUUCUGUGACCUCAAGAAAAAAAAGACAGGCUAUAAUACAGUAAAUCAGUAGCUCUUGUCCACUUUUGUAGGAAAAUGGAGAAGCCAUUGUGGCAAUAAUCACUCAGCAACCAUUUGUUUCAAAGCUUAAUUCUAUGUUUAUGCAAAAACAAACAAAAAAAUUAAAAUGCUGUUAAGUGUGACAGUGAAUGACUUUGUGCUGAAAUCUCAGCUGUUCCAGAUGAACGUUGUAUAUAUUCUCUUGUAAAUUAAUGUUUAAAAAGUAGUUUUCUUAUUUUAGAAAGGAACAAAGUGUUGAUUGACGGGUUGCUUCUAGCACUUUAAAUUAUUCUAGAAAUGGAAUAAAAAGCCAAACAGUUUGGCUUAAAUAAAUAGCUAUAGUUGUACAGUACGUUGCUUUAUCCAGUUCUUUCAAAAGUUUGACCACUUAUUGGAAGGAUGCUUACUGCUAUGGGAAAGGGGCAGAUAUCUAUAAUAUGCUAAUGCUCAAUAUGGCUAAAGAUACAGGACAUCAUUUUCAGUCUUUCAGUGUAUAGCUCUUUACUCCUGUUAGAACUUAGUAUAGUAUAUGUAGAUUCAAUGUUUACAAACAAAAGGAGCUGUAAAUAAAUUAAAAUGGCUUUUUCUCCCCUUUGGUCUUCCACAGCAGUAUUAUUGUCUUUGUGGGUUUAAGACUAAUUAAAAACAAUCCUGUAAUGGAUUUUAAGUACUAUAAGGUCAUAGUGAUAUAUAGCAAAUAAAUCUAAAUAAGUGUAACAUGAAA